AUCCUUAUGAAUACUAGUCAAGUUGGUAACCCACUGAGCCACAGGGGAACUCCAGAAAUGAGGCUUUUGAUUGUGCUAAAACAUAGAGUGAGCACUCUAAGACUCUGAUAUUAGUUACAGUUUUUACCUAAAACUGGAAAAGACAAUAUGUCUCUUCACCAUUGUUUCCAUUAUUUGUUCACAGGUUAGUUCAGGUAUAGGAAGAAAGGAUAGGCCUGGCAAAAUCGGAAGGAGUAAAAGUUACUUAAAUUUGAAGUCCGUGCAGAGUUUGAACUCAAGAAAAAGCAUCAGUAGGAUUUCCUGCUGCGAUGAGGUUGACCUGUUAUGAAGGAGUCACUUUUUGCUGAAUCCCGGCUGGCUUCCUUGAAAGCAACAGUCAGCAAGUGACUAACCAGGCCUAGCAAGACUGAUCUUGACACAGGAAGCCACGAAAUGAUGAGAGACCUGGGGAUGCCCAGCGGAAACCAACAGGACGUGCUGGAAAACUCUUCCAGGUCUUGGCUAACAAAGUCUGCCAAGAUGCCUGGAAAGCGUUCCUGAGAGCUAGGAGAAACUUUCGGCCAAAGGGCUCUGAGAGAUGAUUCUUUACAAAACCUGUGGAGUUUUCACUUCCAGAUGGACUUGUGCUUUAAAAAGGUGUUUAUAGGGAUUGCUCUCAGACAAUCUUAUUGAUAAAUAAUAACAGUCAUGUGCUGAUUAUUCUCCAUUUGUCUCCCCAAGAUCUGUUCUCCAGCCUUCAAUGCCUGACUCGGGGUCCUCAAAAGCUGACCUACGCAGGUUCACCAUCAUGCUCCAGUACACUGCCAGCUAGUUUCCAGGUGGGUUUGUCCAAUGGAAGACAGCCAUGCGAAACUAGAAGAUGUGAGAAGAGAAAGACUGGGGGCUUUCUUCCCUGCUCCCUCCUUGCUAAACUAUGGCCUCUCUGGCAGUACCUCUGUCCCCACGACUCUCACUGAGCCCCUCCCCCAAGUAAGGUUCCAGUGUCCUUACUGGGCUCUAGAAACACUAAUUCCUCUGCUAAAAGCUUCUUGUUGUGCUGUUUCUGUAUGUUUCAUCAUCUCAUUUGCUCCCAUAACAAGGCCCACAUCUUUCUAAGUAGUCUUUUCAUAUGAUCUAUUUGCACUGAAUUCUGAUUCCUGCUGGGUCCCUCACAAUGACCACAUUUAAAAACCUGCCGUUAUUUCUAAGUUUUACUGUAGUCCUGCAAGGCAUUAUUAGCUUUACUAACCUAGUUGCAGAUCAGGACAGAGACCUAAACAAGUAAACUACCCAAGGUCACACAUCUAGCCUGAGUCACAGAGUUGGGUUUAAAACUCUAGUCCUUCUAACAAAAGCCAUUUUUCUUGUUUCAUUUAAAUUUAUAAACAAGUUCUAUUUAUACUUUUCUCCCCAAAACUAAUUUCAUUUAGAUAUGUCAGACUUAAUGUCUGCUGUCUUAUGAACAUAUUGAUUAAGAUUCAGCCCUUAUUUUGAAAUAGAAUUUGAUGAAAUUCACAAAGAAAUUGCUAAAUUCAAGUGUGGUAUCCCUGACUGAUAAGUUUUAACGACUUUAAGGAAAACAAAAGAUUUUACUUAAAACAACAUGAUAAAACUUGCUAUCUCCUCUUGCCUGGUGCUCACAUUGUGUUGCUCAACCUGAGGUUUUGGCCAGACACCCCAGACUGCAACCCAACAACCAUUCCCAAGGCCCCUAUCUCUACCUUUUUACAUUUUAAAAGUUCAUUCUCUCAGAUUCCUUUGUAGGUAUCCGGGUCCAGGUAACCUAGGUCUGGCUAAUAAAAAGUGAAAGUAUUUCCUUCACAUAAAAGAAAAGAACUACUUUCUUUGUCUCAUUCCUUUCUUCGUGCUUAAGAACAAAGGUGUGAUGCCUGGAAUUACAGCAGUCAUUUUGUGACCAUGAGCCAGUGUACAUAUGCCCCAAGUAUUUCAUUCUAUAUAUUUAUACUAAAAAGAGUAGUUUAAUUUUAUACAUAAUACAUAUACAUUAUAUGUCAGUAAAGAGCUGUUAUGCUUGACUUAAACACUGAGUUCCGCAAGCCCUCUAACCUUUGACUUUUGUUGUUGUUUUACUAAAUACUCAAUGGACAGAAAGAAUAUUUAUAAAAUAUGUGCAUGACAUAAAGAAAAACAAUACACUGACAACCUGUGACUAGGCAAUCGCACAGCUUAAGGAAAAGAACACUUCAGAGGCAACUUCUAUCCUAGAUUUUAUGUUUUAAUAAUUCCCUUGCUUGCUUCUGUUCAUAUCUAUUCUCUCUGAAAAGCUAGACUUUUUUUAAUUCACAUCGUUAACAUAUGCAAUUUUUACCUUUCAAAGUGCAGUAAAGAUAGCCUGACAGCCUCCCACCCUCCUCAAAUUACAAGGCAAAGAGGAUGGUGCAACCGAAACAGCCGGAAAGGUACUCUUUACAUCUGUGAUGGGAAAGCCUUGAGGCAGGAAGAGAGUUCCUCUUUACAGAGACAGAUAAACAGAGGUACACAUAAGGUGGGGCAGGGGUGGAGACAGAGAGGGAGGGUGGGAGACAAAAAGGUCCCAAGGUGGGAGGGGGUUGACCUUGGGGAUUUGGGGGGAGCAACUCAACUUUGAGGUUUUCAAGGGGUUCCCCUGGCCCUCCCUCAGCUCCUGCCUAGGCAGGCAGACCCCUGCCCAAGCCCCAGCCCCCUCCUGAGAUCCUGCAUAUGCUUUCUUGCUAAAUGACUCCUCGCACCGUUAUCUCCUCACGGGAUACAUCUGUUGGGUGCCUCUCAUCCUCAGCUCCGCUUUCAUCUCUUCCUAUCGCAACACAUUGUUGCCUCCAGUCCUUGUGCCAGAGUGGAAGGGAGCCAUCCCGCCAGGCCGCGCUCUGGGAUUGGCAGCGAAUGAAUGAUUGGCAGCGGGCAUCUCUGUCAGGGCUUUGGCAUGCUGCAGAGUAGAAGCCCUGUGCUAAUGAAUGCCAUCUACACCUACCAGAUGUGCCACUGGGUGACAUGCCAGAUCUUUUACAUAAUGCCAUUCUGCCGGACAAGAGACAGCUGGGGGGGGGGGGUUGUCUUUUAAUGCCUUGGGGUGAGAGUGGGUUUGCCUUUUUUGUCUCACCCAGACUUCCCGCCACCACCCACACACCCAAUCAGUCCCCCCUACGUGGAGCUAUAACCUAUGGCUGAGGUCCUUGCCUUCAGAGAUGGCCCAGAAGCAGGAAAGCUGGAGCUCCUGGACCUGCUCCCUCGACUCUCCCCUACACUCUCACCCUUCCUGGAGUUUGCCCCCGCCCCCAUCCAAAUUUAGGAAAGAGAAAUUUUCCUUUUUUAAGUUAAAGCUAUAAAAACGCUGGACGCAUAUGAAAUGAAAAAAGUAAAGGGGAGAAACGACGCGUCCUUUCCUCCCCCUCCCCCCAAUUAUCCUCCACUUCCCAGCCCGAAAGUGGGAGGACGAGCCCCCCUCGCGCCAUUCUCCUCCUUUUCCACAGUCCGAGGGGACUAGAUGGUGUCCGUCCCGCUUUCUGGCUAAAGCGGUUGUCGGAAGUAACGUGGGGGGUCCAAAAGCCCACGCCGUGUGGAGAGGACUCUUUCCCGGCGUGGGAUGGGCACGGCGGGCGGGAAGGGAAGAGAAAACCACUUCCGAUGGGAGAUGGGCGAUGGGCGGCGUGCGUGCGCGCGCGGGCAGAGUUUAGGUCCACGCCACCCCCGCAGGGGCAUCUGCAGGUGGGAGGAGGAGCCGCCGCGCCGGUCCCCGCUCUUUCGCUGGACCUGCUCGUGGGGACAGCCCGGGAAUUGAAGGGACCUAAGAGGGGCAGGCCUCCCCCCAGCCCCCGGACUCCAGCAUCCGCUCCCACGCCCGGCCCCCGGCCCCUAGCGCGCCGCGGGCGGAGCUGCCAGGCCCCUUCCCUCGCCCCCGCCCGCUGCCGAGGCUCCAGAUGGCGGCUCCUCGCGCUCGGCUCGCGGCCCCCAGACGCCGCCCGGCAGCAGCCGGCGGUCGCUCCCUCCCUCCCAGCUGCUGCGGCGGAGCCCGCGACCCGCUCGGCGAGGAGGGCGGGCCCCUCGGCCGGCUGGGACCCGGGCGGAAGCCGGGCGCCGAGGGGCGCGCAGGAGCCGUGCCCGCGGGGCAGAAGCCGUGCCCGCGGGGCAGGAGUCCUGGAGGCCCCAGGUGCCUCCCUGGGAGCCCCCGACAUCAAUCCCGAGAACGGCGUUUCGAGGGGGUCGAGGCCUGAGCCCGGCAACUCGGUAACCUGGGGGGAGUGAUGCGUUUGGGAGCAGCGCGUCCGCUCGACACGGAAUUCCCUUUACUGGACGGAUGGAUAAAGUUCUGCGGCCUGGUGCUGAACCCCUUCUACCCCCAAGUCAGGACACUUCGAGAGCAUUUUCCCUUACACAGACCCUGUAAGACCUAACGUCCGUCUCCCUGACAGUCCUCACUGCGGUCCUCCGUAGCAGCCGUGCUGGGGUCGGGGUAGAGGGAGGAAGGCGCUAAAAGGCCGCGGAGCCGGGCCUCCCGCGCACAUCUGACGCCCCCUCUAAUCCCCCACCCCGCCCGGCGCUCCGGGCGCGUGUCCGCAGACCCUCUGCCGGUCCCUGCGCGCGGCCGUCGGGCAUUAGACCCCCGAAAGCAACGUUCCGUAAGCUCCCAGUACAAAUCCCCUCGGAAACAUUAAUCACAGCCACCAGUGAAUGCAAAACGUGUGCCCGUGCCUGCCGUGUCUGCCUUUUAAUCCCGAAGGCAAUUCUGGAAAGCAGCCUCAGACCGGGCUCUAUUAAUCCCUUACACCAGCAAAUGCAAUCUCUGACCUACUAGAUUUGUUUGCCUGCAAUUUCAGGAGGAGUUGGCCUCGACAGAGAAAUAGACAGAAAGAAAACUAUGGGUGACUCGCGGCGCGGGGCAGUAACGCAACAAUGGGGUGCGUUUCCGUCAAAAGGCGCUCCUGCUGUGGCGGGGGCUCAGCCGCCCCGAGUCCUGACACCGCGCGGGGCGGCCGCGGCGUGCGGGCGGGGGUGGGGGGGUAGGGGAGCUGGGUGGCGAGUGCCUAGUGGGGUCGGAGCCCAGAGGAAACCCAGUUCUUUUUCCUCCAAAGGCUUCGACCCCAGGUGACCUCCUUUGGGGCUGUCCCCUUGCGACGGCGCUCGGGCAGGCCGAGGGGUCAAGGUUCCAUCCCCUGAGGCCUGUGCCUCGCACUUGAGAUUUCACUCUCCACUAUUCCAUCGCUCAAUCAAUCAUGCUUCUCUUCUCCCACUUUAUUCAAAACCGUCUUCCAGUUCCCUCGUAAUCGUCAUUUGCACCAUUGCCUUUUAUCUUUGAUUAAUUAGGAAAUCGAAAAAGAUAAUGGAGGGUCGGGCCGAUAAAUUAGUCUGAAGAACCGACGGAGGGACGUCUGGGCCGCACGGUGGGUGGGCCCUGUCCACGUGGGCUGGAGGGGCUGCCGCCAGGCUGGCGGGGCAGGAAGGGGUUAAGCAAAGGCGCGGCGCCGGCGAGGGGAGAGCUGCCCUAAGAACCCGGAGGGCUCGGGCGGAGACUUCUCGCCGAGCUAAGUGGGGCGGCGCCAGUGAUUUUUAGCUUUUUCUGUUGGGGUCUAGAAAACGAGCGAGGACCAGACUGGCACACGGUUGAGGGCGGGGCUCCUGUUUCCCUCCCGGGGGCCUCCCUGCUGGCGGACGACUGGUUUAAAGCUCGGGGUUUCUAGGCUGGCGACUGUGUCGUCCCGGGAUGGGAAGUUGGCUUUACUUUUGCAGCCUCUCCUUCCCUCUCUAGCCUCCUGGUCUGAAGGAGGGUGGGUGGGCGGGAGGGAAGGAGAGAGAAAGAGAGAGAGAGAUUGAGAGGUUCUGUUCCUGUGGUCCAAUCGGUAACUCCCAGGCCCAAGAGGCCGGCUCCGUCGGCGGAGCUGUUCCCUCCCCUGGCCCUGCGCCCAGCGAGUUCCGGAUUCUUUUUUUCGCCCUCCCGCGAAAUCGAUCACGCCUCCCAGACGGCUGCAGGCGAGCACUUUGCCACUCUUCACAGCUUCGCCCCAGCCUCUUUAGCUUUCAAUUGAAAACCAAUUAAAGGUUUCUAUAAAUCUGUUAGUUCCCCUUUUAUCUGGAGACCCCGAUGCAUGCGAUAUUGCCCUUUAGAUGCCUCUUCCGUGUUUUGUUUUACAAUUGUUGUAUCAAUAUAAUGCGGCCUUUCUUCUCCUGUCUCUAUAGAUACAGAUACACAAGGAAAACCAAAGCUAUUCAGUCUCCUCAUUUGUCCGGCAGCCUAACAGUGCUGCCCUUUCUCUGCUGCUGCUUUCCCUGCUUCGGGAGCAGCAGUUAUGGUAGAAGCAGAUGGCGACUGAUUGGGGGAGCUUUGUGGCUCUAAUACUGAAUACUUUAUGGAAAAGGACUUUAUCAUGCUUCGUUGGGCAGAGGAACAAGGGGAUGAGAUUUAUGGCCAGGAAAAAUAAAUCUUUUCCAAGUUGCA